AUGGCUAGUUCGGGCAGUGACGAGGACGGCGAGGGUUUUCUUCCUUGUGCCUGUUGCAAGCACCAAAGGAAGAAAUGCAGCCCUAACUGCCAAAUGGCUCCAUAUUUCCCAGCAACGAAAUAUCAAGAGUACCUAAACGCUCAGAAGAUUUUCGGUACGACCAACAUUGUGAGGAUUGUGAACUCGGUGGAGCCACACAAUCGAGUGGCCGCUGCAGACACACUCAUGGCUGAGGCCUUGGCCAGGAGGAACGAUCCGGUGCGCGGCUGCUACGGUAUUAUUCGCCACCUCAAACUUCAGGUCGCCCUCCAUGAGGCGCAACUCUUGCAUGUCAAUCGACAACUCGCCUUUUUCAAGGCCCAAGAGGAGAAACAUGUACAGAAACAAAUGGAUCUUGAGAAACUACAGCUUUUCGCCAGUUUAAGUAGCCCUGCUAAUGAUGGUGCUGGUACAAGUGCUGCUAUGAAUAAUAUUGCUCGUCCAAGUCACAGUAAUACUGGGUCAUCGAGUACUGCUAAUCCUGCUGAUCUUACUCCGACUUCGACUCAUAAACAGAUUAUUGAUCUUGAGAGUCUUGAGUUUGAAGAUGAAACUGCUGACCUAGAGACCUCACAAGAAGCACCAGAUUUGAAUGCCUUAGCAUAUGAGACGAUUGAUCUGCUAAGGAAUGCUUUUUCUCAGGAUGGGAAUAAUACUCCUGUGCAACUUUGGCUGAGCCCGGAUCCAGGUUGGAUAGAAGCUAGAUAA